AUGAUUAUAAUGGCCCAAUCAAAUUUUGGCACAAAUGUGCCGCCCCCUUCCGCCUAUCCUAAAAAAGUGACUAAGUCCUUCAGCAUGGGUGACGCGCGCGUUGUACUCACCACGCUCAUUACUGAGAAACUCUUGUCACCCGGACCCAAGAAACUCUAUGUGUCUUAUUAUCGUAAGCGUGUGUAUGCAGAUCUGCUGGCCGACGGGUCCAUACGCUUCAACGAUCAGAUUUACACGUCGCCUGUUCCUUGCGCACUACACAUGAAGCGCACACUCAAUCCCUCUCUCAAGACAGAUGCAGGUUGGUCAUCCAUGUAUUCAGCGGCAUCAGGAGAAAGUUUAAAAGACAUUAAGGAUCGCUUAAAUAUACGUAAGCGUGGCACAAAUGUCCGUUCCACUCAUAAGGAGAAGAAAGGCAGUGCGCUGUCGCCCAUAUCUAGCGAUCACGUUGUGUGGUCCACAGCCACAGGAGGAGCUAAAGACGCAAUUCCAAAGUGCAGUGUCUGCAGAACUGAAGCUUUGACGGAUGUUGUUAAGUGCAGCGCCUGCCACAGCAAGACACACCUCAAGUGUGCAAGUCCGGUGUUGCAGACUGCCCCGCCAACCUCUUGGUUCUGUGAAAGGUGUGUGACAGCUCAAGCUAAUCGUAUUCUUGAGUUUCUUCAGCAAACAAGGCGUGUACUCGUCGAAAGGAUUGCGGAACAGAGGAGAGGACAAUGUCAGCAGAAAUCAGUAGAGGUAAUCAAGAAAGAUGAUCAUACUGAUAUUGACGAGGAAGUUACUUGUAAUAAUGGGGAGCAAACAAAAGCGCAUUUAAUUAAGAAAAAAGCUGAUGCUGUGGGGAAGGAAAUGUAUGUUCACGGGACUGAAGGCUUCGAUUGUGAGGUCGAAGAGAUGUCAACGGCUUUUUCCGUCGACAGCACAAUUGGGUCGAGGAACGAUAAUAAUGGGAUUGCGGUCUCUGAUGGCGAAGAAGCUAUGGCAGAUGAGGCCACAACAACCGCAACAGAGCUGAAGAAGGUUCCUAUGCUUCCUGAUGGUGCUUCGAACAAAAAGGAAAUAAAUCAAGGAAGCAUUGAAACUACGGCUUUAGCGAAAUUGGAAAAUGUUGGCGAAGCUGCGAGUGAAAAAUCAACAGCAGAGCAUGUUGAUGACGAUCUUGCGAUUGUUAACGUUGUAAAGACUUUCAGUGAGGAAGUAAAGUUCUUGGUACUGAUCGAUAGCCUUAUUGCGGAAGUGUCGUCUGAUCCUGAAAGAGCCCAUCUGAUUGCAAAUAGUACUGGCGCAACGUUAGUGCAUCUUGAAAAAACGCAGCUCGUGCAGCUUGUAGAGUAUGGAAAACGUGAAAUUCUUGCGGCUACCCAGUCAGAAAUUGAAGACGAUGAAGACUUUGAAAACGUUAGCAGCCAUAAUUCGGAAGUAGAUGCUCUUAUAAAGAUUUUUGACUUGCGACACCAGAUCGUGUCUUCGCAGUCGCACUUUGAACGCACAACAACUGCUUUAGCUAAGCGCACUGAAGACCAUUUGCGGAACGCUGAAAGUGAACUUAUGGAUUUGGAAGAGUCGCGGGCUGCUAAAGCCCAAGCAUUUACUAGAGUGGCAGACUCAAUUGAGCAGUACUCCACUGACUUAGCUCAAUGCGACAAAAAAGUUUACAUAAAUGAGGUGCUCUUAGAGAGUAUCAACCACCGUCGCAGUUUUAUUCGAUCUGCCAACAUCAAUAAUCGUUUUGUGCCGUCAUAUCGCUACAGCACAAAGCUCAUGACAACGAGUAGUGACCAGCUUUUGCUUACGGUAUUAUUGGAUAAACUUCGUGAUAUUACGGACUCGAUAAAUGAAUGGUCCAAGAUGGAGUGCCAUUUUGAGAAAAUGACGACUAGACUGAAGAAGUCAUUGUCGUUGAUCAGCACUAAGAGAAAGCGCUCAAGCGCUUCCGUCAUACUGCCACAAACCGCGCCUUUAUUUGCCAAGGUGAAGAUUCCUCCGUCUCGACGCCUUAUUGAGCGCCAAAUUGCAAAUUACGAUUUGAAUUUAGAUGCCAUUCACCAGAGUCGUGCUCGUAUGCGAAAAACUUUGUCUUCCAUUUUAAAGAUUGCGCGGGAAGAGCACUUAAGCGAAGAAAUUAUUCAUAUGACCGAUAUUUUGUAUCAAAAAUGCCGAGAUCUGAAGGCCGAAGAGGAGGAAGAACAGUUGCGGAUUAAAUGGGAAGCAGAGGCUGAAGCGAAGGCGAAGGCACAAGAAGAUGAAGCUUGUGUGCACCAGCGUAUCCACGACAGCGAGGCGAGUGAAGAUGAGCCAAAAGCGAAGAAACAAUGUGCAAGCACUGUCGGCUCUGUUACUAGAUACCAACCCGACGAAACUGCUACAUCACUGAAAACGACUGUAUCCUGUGAUGGUAAGGGAAUUUUAUCAUUGUUAGGAAGCGGGAACAUGGAUGCCAAGACAUCCGAUAAAUUUUCACGUGAAAUUGAUUCAAGGAUUGAUAAUAAUCGAGACAAUGAUACAGAUUUGGAAGAUGCUUCCCGUGCGAUCGCUGACAUUACGUCUUCAGAAGUUGCGGAUUUUCCUGAAGAAUAUGACUCCUCAAUUGAACUUCUUAAAUCUCCACUCACGGAGGCGAAAGUUACAUCAAAAAUGGUUUCCGGAUCGUUUUCUAUUCGCAGCGGAAAGGCAGAAGUUUAUAAGAAUGAGCAACAGAACAGUCAGAAGCCUAUUCAAGAACAACAAUUAUUUUUCAACCAAGCCCUUGAAGUCUUUAGUAAGCAGCAACAGCAACAUCUUCUGGAAAGGGAGCGCGUCAAGCAGCAAAACCGGAUGGAGGAGCAGCGAAUAGAGCUAGAGCGACAGCAGCAGCAACUGGAACAGCGACGUCAUUCGGAACAACAGCGCCUCAUAGAGCAAGAACAAUUAGAGCAAGAACACCAAGAAAGGGAACGGCAAGAGCGGGAGCGUCAAGAAAGGGACCACAUGGAUAAACAGCAACGCCUAGAGCGCCAACACUUGGAAAAAAUACGAUUAGAUCAAGAUCGACACGAAUCGCAACGUCGAGAGCAGCAACGACUUGAGCAAGAGCAUCGCGAGCAACAACGCAUUGAAGAACAGCGUCAUCUUGAGGAGCAAAGGCGAUUAGAGCAGCAACAGUGUAUAGAGCAACAACGGCUGGAGCAGCAACAGCGUUUAACGCAACAGCGCCUAGAGGCUCAACGUCUCGAACAGCAACGACUUGACCGUCAGCGACUCGAAAAUCAACGACUAGAACAACAUCGUCAAGAGCAGCAACGUCAAGAGCAGCAGCGCCAAGAGCAGCAACUACUGGAGCAGCAGCAAAUAGAGCAGCAGCAAAUCGAGCAGCAGCGCAAAGAUAAACAGCGCCAGGAACAGCAGCGACGAUUAGAGCUUCAGCGCCGCCAACAGGAGCAGCAGCGCCAAGAGCAUCAAAGCCAACUUCAGCACAGCAAGGCGCCAAGUCUUCCUCAAGUCGUACCGUCUGGAACUCCUCACUUGCAGAUGAUAAAUCAGCAACAGCAGCUUCAACACCAGCAGGCAGCGAUUCAACAACAGCAGCAGCAUUCUCGCCAAAUUCAGCACCCGCUUUACGGCGACAUGUCCAAGGGAAUGCUGAUGUCUUCUGGCAUGGGCAAUACAAACCAUCAAGACAUCUAUGCCCAGCAGGCGGCUCAGAUGGGAAUCGAAAUGCACGAUGUGAGUCGGCAUCAAGGCUCAAGUCACUUUGUAGGCAGCACAUCAUUGCGUGUGGCUCCUUAUGAAGUAUCACGCAGCGCUGCUCAACAACCAGCUCCAACAGCACCGCGGACGAGCUUUUAUGGCGGCGAAGGACAAAUGCACUCUCAAGAUGUUUUUGGCUCUCAAGGUCUGCCUGGUCAGCCGCGUCAGCUUUCAGACCACCACCAGAUGUUUGCGGAUGAGCUGCACCAGCAACAGUCAGACCAAGGCAGGACAAUGGGAAGCCAGGAGUUUUUGAUGAGCCGGUCUUACCGUGGACUUAAUGACGACAUACAACACUCUAAUAUCGAACAGUCGGAUCACGAUGACGUUAAUAUGGGAGAUUGGCAGUAA